AUGCAAUUCUCAAAGCUCUUUGCCGUUGCGGCCUUCUUCAUUGCCGGCGCCAUCUCCGCCCCGCUCGACCUCGAAGCUCGCGCCUGUGCCUCCUCCUGUGGAACAAUCUGCUACACCAGCAGCGCAGUCAACGCCGCCAAAGCAGCCGGGUACAAGCUCUACUCUUCCGGUAGCACAGCUUCCAGCUACCCGCACGUUUACCACGACUACGAGGGCUUCGUAUUCCCUGUUUCUGGAACAUACUACGAGUUCCCAAUUUUGAAAAGUGGAAGCGUUUACAGUGGUGGCUCACCCGGUGCUGAUCGCGUCAUCUUCACCACAAGCAACCAACUCGCCGGUGUUAUCACACAUACUGGAGCUAGCGGGAACGAUUUUGUUGAGUGCUCUUAG